UCGAAGUCAUCCUCUUUCAACCGGCAAGGAAACGGCGAAAAUGGUAAUAAAUAUUCGAUUUGUAGUGGGUAUGAAUUGAAAAGAUUCACCGGCGAACACUACCAAUCUCUCCCCCCUCGACGACGAUCUCUUGCUCCGUGCUUUUUUCUUUGGGCCUGCGGCAUUGUUGUUCGUUACAGCGAUUGAGGCACUCAUAUCAUUUUGUUGACUGAUGGACUCGUAUGGUUCUUCAUCAACUAGCAACAAUAGAGUUCGUGUGCUUGAGAGUUGUCUUAGAGACAUCCUUGUCGAGAUAAAACCAUCGGAAAGUGAUCGAGUCGAACGGCUCAAUGAGAUUAAUCAAUUGAAAGAUUGUCUUCGAGGUUUGGUACCAUUUGGAGGUGAUGUGCCACUAGUGAAGCCCUUUGGUUCAUUUGUGUCCAACCUUUACACCAAAUGGGGUGAUAUAGAUGUUUCAGUUCAAAUCGACGACCACGAUGUGAAAAGAAUUUGUCUCUGGCAAAUAAAGUUUGAAUUGCAAAGAACUAGUCUUGCUAGGUCUGUUGAGUACAUUCCAAAUGCAAGAGUUCCUCUGCUUAAAUACGUUAGCAGGCAGCAUAAUAUUUCUUUUGAUGUCUCCAUUAAUAAUCAUCUUGGUGUGAUGAAGUCCAACUUUCUCAAAUGGUUAUCUGAAAUAGAUGACCGUUUCCGUGACAUGGUUUUAGUGCUGAAGGAGUGGGCUAAAGCACAAGAUAUUAAUGAUCCGAAGUCUGGGAGUUUAAGUUCAUAUGCCCUAUGUUUGUUGGUUAUCUUCCAUUUUCAGACUUGCGAACCACCAAUUUUCCCACCACUGCGAGCAAUAAUUAACGAAGAAAGAAUUUCUAAUCGAGGAUGGAGUAGCUUCUCUGGGAGUCAUUUUGAGGAUGUGUGUUCUGCAAAUAUACAGAGGUUCACAUCUAGCAGACUUAGAAACCAAAGCUCUCUUGCUCAACUUUUGCUUUCCUUUUUUGACAAGUUUUCAGAUAUUAGAACUUUUGGUUCGGAUUAUAGCAUCUCUACAUAUGAAGGGCGACAAAUCAGCCGUCGUUUUUAUUGGUCGCCGCCCCUGAUUAUAGAGGAUCCUUUCGAGCGAAUGGAAAAUGCUGCUAGAACAGUCCGCUGGGUUGAACUACCUAAGAUAUCAAAUGCAUUUCAGAAUGCGCACAAUAAGCUUUCGUCUGGUUCGGUGCUCUCGGAUCGUAACUCCUUGCUCUCUCUUUUGACUAGGCCUUUCCUUGCUUCUAAGUUUCGCGAGCAGCAAUUGUCAGCGAAUUACAAUAGGAGGAGCCAAUAUCUUGACAUUGGUGUCAUUGAGCAACAGUUUGAGAAUGCAGUAAGGCUGGAUAGGGUUUGAUCUCCGCCCUCGACUUCUGUUGCCAGUUUCGGAUUCACAUAUCGCGACCUUUUAGAGUUUUUCGAUUAACCGUAACUGUUUGGUUAGCGUUGCUGCAUUUGGUGUUAAGUUAAUUUCAUAUCAAGGUUGUAGAAAUUGUACCCAGCCUAGUUUUGGUGCUUACUGAUUUGGCACGAUGUGUCUCGAUAAGAGUUAGCCAA